AUGCCUGUCAACACCAGGAGCAACUCCAAUGGAGGAAACAAUGGUCAAUCCAACAACAACAACAACAACAACAAUGGUCAUAGCGGGACCAAUGCCAACCCUCCACCUAUGAAUCAGCCCAUGACCAUUGAGCAGUUGCUGACUAUGCAAACUCAGCUGAUGCAAGGAAUGGCCCAUAUUAUGAACAACAUGCAGCAGAACCAGAAUCAGAAUCAGCAUCAGAACCAGAACCAGAACCAAGGAGGUAACAACACGUUUGCCCCACCUAGGGACAAACGUGGGGAGUUCAUGAAGGGAUGCCAACCGUUCUUCUCUCACUCAGCUGACCCUAUGCAAGCUGAGGACUGGCUUAAAGCUGUGGAGAAACAGCUGGUCAUUGCUCAGUGCAAUGACAGAGAGAAGGUUCUGUAUGGCUCUGGACAGCUUCAAGGAGCUGCACAGGACUGGUGGGACUCUUACUGCUUCGCGCAUCGAGACCCAGAUACUAUCACUUGA